AUGCCGGCCGCUGCGGACUCCAAGAAGCGCAAGAGCACCAAGCAUGGCGCCACCACAUCCUCCAAGCGCCGUGCGGUCGCCGAAAAUGACUUUGCCGAGACGCUGGCUGCCAUCCAAGAGCUCGAAACCCAGAUUGCCGAGUCGCGCAAGCACUACAACAAUAUCGCAACCUUGAUUGCGAUGCUGGGAGCACCUAAGAGCCCGGAAUUGGCAGUCGCAGUAUCCCUGUGUCGGGUUUUUAGCCGAUUGAUCGCGGCGGGAAACCUGACCGAUUCUAAUCGCGCUGCGGACAACGAGAAAAUCAUUGUGGCAUGGUUGAAGGAGCGAUGCGUGGAAUAUCAGAAGGCAUUGCUGGCUAUUAUGGCUGAGGCCGAUACUGCAUCUCAGAUUACUGCUCUGACGCUGGGCAUGCGCCUGGUCAAAGAACGGGUGACACAUAUCCCCGGUGCGGAUAACACGGUCUGGACGUCGGGGAUGUUCAAGGACAUUUUCGAGGCGGUUGUUGAAGCACCAGAGUCCGAUCUCCGGACCGAGUUUGUCUCCAAGUUUGUGCAGGAAUAUGACGACGUGCGGUACCACACGUUUGCACAGAUUGCCGAAUAUGGCGCCACCAAGCGAAACCCUGAAGUCCUUGAACGGCUCGUCGAAAUCCUCUCUGCCUGCGAAGACGUGCCAGACGCAACCCAGGAGUUCGAAAAUUUCUACACGGAAACCAAGAACAAACGACUGGUAUCCGUCAGCUCCCACAAGAAGCGCGCCCAGGAAGCAUGGCUAGCCAUUCUGCGCAACAACCUGUCGCAGUCUCAACGAAAGACCCUCCUCCGAAUUAUGGCAUCCACCAUUGAACCCUGGUUCUCUCGUCCCGAGCUCCUAAUGGACUUCCUAACGGACUCCUACAACGAAGGCGGUUCCAUGUCCCUGCUCGCACUCUCGGGCCUUUUCUACCUCAUCCAAGAAAAGAACCUGGACUACCCGCAAUUCUAUCACAAGCUCUACUCCCUCCUCGACGCCGACCUGCUCCAUUCCAAACACCGCUCCCGCCUUAGUCGCCAGUUUCAUCAAGCGUCUGUCCCGGCUGGCACUGAACGCGCCCCCUCCGCCAUCGUGGUGAUCGUUCCCUUCAUCUACAACUUCUUCAAAAGCCACCCCACAUGCACAUUCAUGAUGCAUCGCGCAAACGGGGAACAAGGUGUGGAGGACCCCUUUGAUCCCGCCGAACCAGAUCCAACCCGCACCAACGCUCUCGAGAGCAGUAUUUGGGAAAUCGAGACGCUGCAGUCUCACUACCACCCUAACGUGGCUGCCAUUGCGCGCAUUGUCUCGGAGCAGUUCACCAAGCAAGCGUAUAACCUAGAAGACUUUUUGGAUCAUACGUAUCAGGGCAUGGUGCAUGCAGAGCUUGGAUCGGAGGAAAGGCCCAUGCGCAAGGUUCCGGUUGUGGAGUAUCAGAUCCCCAAGCGGAUUUUUACAGAUCGGUUGUUGGAGGAGGAUGGGGGUGUGGAUUCUGGUCCAGGGGGGCUGAGCGUAGAGAUAGACGCCCGGCAGAUGGCAGGCAGUCAUCUCACGUACCGCAGCCAUGGCAAGUGCGUGGGUUGGGUAAUGGUGGUAGUGGAAACCCGUGUCCAGGGCGAAAAGAGUGUAUUUCAUCUGAAGACGAACACGAGGCGAGAUGUAAAUGCGAAGCUCACCACGGAUCUUGCGACACAUCUUGUCGAAGGUCUUGCGAGCACGAUUGGUUCGGUCCACGCAGCGACGCGACGUUUCGACUUCCAUGUACUGCAUCACACUGUGGAUGUGAUGCUCAGUGGUAGCGAGAGACAUUUCGAGCUGCAGGCCAAUGAGGAAGGUCUGCAGGCCCGAGGCAGUCUCGCGGAAGUGCAUGUCGACUUUCUGGUGGGUGUGGCCUACGAUCUCCGAAAUGGUGUGCAGCUGGGGGUAGGAGAAGUACUUGAUCCAGCUCCUAUACCAGAGGUCGAUACCGAUGCGGGACUGCAUCAUCCGUGCCAUUUCGCGCUCGCCGAUGAUCUUGUGCACGGUCGCCAGCGUGCUCAGGGCUUUGGUGAGCUGGGCCUUCAGCUGGGCCAGGUCUGUCGCUUCAGCGGCCUUCCUCUCAGCGCUGACGUUGUCGUCGACGGGCAGGGCGUAGAAGCGCUGCAUGGGCUGGGGGUUCCCGUUGACCACGGCCGUGGUCCAGGUGCUUGGGCUGGAGGGGUCCGGACCCUGCCAGGCAGGCUCGGACGCAGCAGGACUAGAGACAGUAUCCAUGGAGGCAGACAUUGUUUGGAAUAG